CCUCUCCACUCCCCGACACCUGGGGCUUCCGCCUCUCCAGUCUCCCUCGGCCGAAUUGCCGGGGAGCCCGGCGUCAGGGGGCGCCGAGGAGCCGGGGGGAAACUGUAAGGCGCUGGCGGGAGCCUCCAGGCGGUGCUGCCCCAACCUCCCACCUCCCCGCGCCCCGCCCCGAGGCUGGGGCUUUGGAGGAUGCAGCCGGGAAAAACAUUAACUUUUAGGCUACGUCCAGAAUAGCAUCAUCUACAUGGGCAUUCCCUCCUCCUACAGUUUCAGAAAACCUUUGGUGACUAACUGAGAAAAUGCAGAAGAUCUUGCAGACAGAUGAAAUUACUGAUACCCAAGCUCUUAGAAAAGGGAAGAGGAAAAGGACGGAGACAAUGGACUCAGAGAACGCAAAUUGUGACAUGGAUAAAGGACAGAGAGACCCGUAUUCUGGAAAUGCCUUUCUGCCAGGUGAGAGCUCCAGUGACGAUGAAGAGCCUUUAGCAGAAUUGUCGAAGGAGGAAUUGUGCACGAAAAUAAAAAGCCUGAAACAAAAGCUAACUAACACCCGGAAAGAAAACAGUCGACUUCGACAGUCUUUGGUCAUGCUUCAAGUGUUACCCCAGGCAGUCACCCAGUUUGAGGAAUUGGUUGGCAUGGCGGAGGCCCUGCUUAAAGGUGGAGGAACCAUGUCAACGUCUGCGUCCACCCUCUGGAGAGCCACAAACAACUCCUCACCAGAUUCCUUUGCCUCAACGUGCAGUAAUUCUAAUUCUAACUCCAGUUCGCCAAUUUCCUUGAAAGCUGAGGAAGAGCAUCACAUCGAUGAGAAACAGUUCAAGAUUGAAAAAUGGCAGAUAGCCCGUUGUAACAAGAGCAAGCCUCAGAAGUUUAUCAAUGAUUUAAUGCAAGUGCUUUACACAAAUGAAUACAUGGCCACCCACAGCCUGACGGGGGCAAAAUCCUCUACUUCAAGGGACAAAGCCGUCAAACCAGCUAUGAAUCAGAAUGAAGUUCAAGAAAUCAUAGGAGUCACAAAGCAAUUAUUUCCCAACACAGAUGAUGUUUCAAUUAGAAGAAUGAUAGGGCAAAAGCUGAACAACUGUACCAAGAAGCCAAAUUUAAGCAAAAAUCUGAACUCUCAGGAUAUUAAGUAGAUCCUUUUGGUGUUAUAGGUGCCUGAAACAAAGCAUCUGCAGUUCUAAAGCUAACAUUGGAUUUUGCUGGAGAAUCUGCAAGCGUGCUGGCAGUCAGCACAACGGGACAUAGCGGCAGGCUGAGAGAGAUCGGUAACAUCCACGGGCUCCUCUGAUGGAGCAACCAGCUUGCUGAAGAAGCUGCAUGUAGAUUCCACCCUAAAUACCAGUGAAGCAUCAAACCAGAGAAUUUCUAGCAGCCAAAUAAGCAUGCAAUAUAGUUUCUUGGAAAUAUGCAUUUUCCAUCCUUCUCUGUACACCUAACUUAACAGAAUAGUCAGAGCCCUUAUCAUAGCAACAGAAACUUCAACCCCUACGAUUCAUCAUUGUCCAACUCAGUCACUGUAUGUUUGUUAUUACCAUGCCUCCUCAUGUUAGUUUUUGGAUCUUUAGCAUAAGCACAUGUUUGGAAAAGUAAACAGUGAAAUAAUCCAUGUUCAGAAACAUGGGAGCAGCAAAGUCAGCCUCAAAUCAGAUAAUCAUAUCGAACCAAGUAAUCGUGUUUUAGCAAUAAAAUUACAGGAUUAUUCUGUUACCUAAAAAUGUAUAAAAUGGGAAUCUGAAGAAAAUGAGAGCAGCAAGACCUUUUUGUUUUAAUAUGAAACUAUUCCAUUGUACUUGAAAAAGAAAUAAACCCGGGGCU